AUUUAUUUCAACCGUGACAUUAUUUUUCUACCUACAGUAACGAAUAAUAAUUUUCUCAAAUGCACUCUGCCCCAAGCAUGCAGCGGGAGCUUUAUAUUUUUUUACUCAACACAUGUGGCCUGGUUCAUACAUUCUAGGCAUCUGAUCAUCCGGCGACAUCAUCUCGGAAUGGUUUAUCGAACAAAACAGCCACGGCAGGGAUAUUUGUGAAGACAAUGUAGCUUCAACGCGUUGAAGAGCACUCCACGGGUUCUCCCCGUCUCUUGUUGCCAGCUGAUCCGCAGUCUAUCCACAGCAGAUCUAAGUAUGUCGUCAACACGGAGAAAUGCGGCGACCUCCACGUCUACGUGCAGGGUGAUUUGAAGCAGCAGGAAAAGCGCGCCGUUUUUAUGACCGUUCACGAUCUGGGAUGCAAUCACACCUCGUUCCACGACUUUGUUAACCAUCCUUGUAUGUCGGAAAUAAAGGAUCGCUCCAUCUUCAUUCAUAUCGAUGUUCCGGGACACGCCGACAACGCUCCGAAUCUUCCCGAUGGAUUUCAGUUCCCAACGCUCCAGACUCUCGGCGAAAGUCUCGUCACUGUCAUCGACUUCCUCAAGGUUCGCUACGUCGUCGGUUUUGGAGAAGGUGCUGGAGCCAAUGUCCUCGCCCGAUUUGCCCUGGCAAAUCCAUCCCGCGUCCUCGGGCUAAUUCUUAUCAACUGCACCGGCAGUGCCGCGACGGUUCUUGACAACUUCAAAACCAAGUUCCUCAGCUGGAGAGGAAAGGAGGAGGUCGGCCAAUCCGCGGAGGAAUUUCUCCUCUACCACAAGUACGGGAACAUGAUAAACGAGCAACUGGUGAGCACGACAAACCCCGACAAGGAAAAAGUCCUCGCUGAAUUUCUCGAACGGAUUCGAGGUACUCUUAAUCCUCGGAAUAUCAAGCAGUACGUCAACGCUUUUCUGACCCGGAAGGACAUAUCCCUGAAGAAUUGCAACACCGAUAUUAUCCUGAUUACCGGAAUGCUCAGCCCUUAUGCCAGCGUCGUUGAGAAGUUGUUCCGCGAGUUGGACAAGAACCGGGCAACUUUGCUCAAAGUUGAACGUGCCGGAGACGUUCUUCUUGAUUCGCCGGUUAAAGUCGCCCAGAGCAUCUUGCUCUUCUGCAAGGGUCAAGGCUUGCUCACCUCCGUAACCAUGCCCGGUGUUGAUCGCCAGCGCACCUUCAGCGGCGGUUCCUUCGACAGCGAUGGUCGACCUCGAAGACUCUCCAGAGGCAUGUCAAUGGAGGAGUACGACAAGCCGAAUAUCCGCCGUUUGUCGAUCACGAUCCCGGAACCGUCGCGUUCCCCGGUCAAUUGAGACGUCAACUUUUCAUACUUUGACAUUGAUCAGCUCAUUCCCCGCUGACGUGUUUUGAUAUUUUAUCUCUGUUCGUGCGCAAAUAUGCGACCGUGUGAUUAAAUUCUUAGAUUUCGUGAUGUAAAAUACGCUUUUUAGCUUCGAUUUUGGGGUGCGAGAUUUAAUAGUUUUCCAUCUGUUUCUCAUUUCACAAAUUUUCAUCUUAAAAGAUUUGCACUUUAUGUUCUACUUGCACCUAUAGUCACUCGCACCACCAAAUUGUUUAAUAUUAUAACGUCCCGUAGGAAUACCUGCCAAAUGAUAAUAACCGGUGUAGCGAUAUUUUUUACUUUAAAAGCGAAUGCAACAUCCUAUCCAAAUCUCACCUACCAUCGCGUGAAUUAUGGAACCGCUUUUCAAGUCUGGAAACUGAUAAGUUUUCCGACUGAAAUUGUUAUGCAGACACGUAUUAAUCAGUAGGUAUAAUUGUAUUCCAUGCAUAAUAUAUUUAUACGCAGACAUUGUAAUCGAUACAGUUUAGCAGAUGGUUCGGUCAUUAAUCACAACUUAAUUUUGCUGCACAUUUUUGGGAAGCUGGAAUCGUGACAUGAAUUAUUGAAUCGAUUCUACCAAUAGAACGGCUACGGUCGUUCUAUCACGUGAGUAAAUUAAAUCGUGCGAGAAUUCGAUUCGGCAAAAGAUUGCCCAUUUUUAAACUCACUUUGGUAGGGUUAACAAAAUAUAAUAAAUAAGUAUUCUAAGAUAAUUUUACAUGAAUGUAUCAUACGGAAAAAAUGAUUCAACGUACAUGUAUAGGUAUAUUAAUUUAUGCACCGGUAGUUUCCUUUUAUAACGAAUUGUCUGUGUAACAUGCGCAUCUAUGUAGAUAUGUGCGCAUAUUUAAUAAAAUCACUUGAAAUUCUAGUUCACUGGCAAGGCUGCAGCGUGGAAUGUUGAAUUUUAUUGAUACGGAGAAAAGAAAGCUCGUGAUGUUAAUCCGGAUUUAUUUAUCACAAAUACAGUUUCACAAAUAUAAAUUA